AUGAACCACCCGGACGUUGUGACAAUUGAGGAGGAGCGUAGCGAUGUCAUGGGACUGCUCGAGAGCGCCUGGUUUGGUCUCGAGCAGUCACUCGUCAACGAGCAGCACAAAUCGUCUGCCGUGCCCACGGCAUCAAGGCUGGGUGGCUGCGCGUCCGCCAGGGACUCCCCUGCAGACCAGGGCGGCCCACUGGGAGGCAAGCACUCCUCUAGCAGCCCCAACACACCCCUCUCGGACCGCCUCCUCUCCCACUCCGAGGCUUCUGCCUCCGAGGCGUCGCCGCGCAACAGCCGCCCUGCUUUCAGGCCGCCCGCGGCCGAGCGGCCGUCCUCGCCGCCCGCACAGGUGCUCAGUGGCGUCAGCCUUGCCACGUCACCGUCUGGAUCGCUAUCAGACGCCAGCAUCACGCUCUGCCUGCCGGGCAUGCGCGACCUUUCCUCGUUCCACGGCAGGGUCCCCUCUAAUUAUGUUCUGGCAGUCUCUGGCAGCGCCACGGCACCCACGCGGACUUAUUCCCAGGAGAUGCAAACGAAACCACAGGAAGACAGAGAGUGCGAACAUCCGCAGCGUCGGCCCUCGGCGCUGACGUCAGCAUUCGCAGCAGCCGCCGCACAGCGCUCGUCCGAGCAGAGGCGCCGGCCGAUGUCCUUGCUAAGCAUGCAGCUGCGAGACAGCAGCAGGGCGACGUCUCAGACGGAAAGCCGCUGCGAUAGCCCGGGCCGUCCGAGCAUGCAGGGCCUCCCGCCGCGAAUUCCCGGCCGCCCGGCCUUCUGGCUUUCGGCCUCCGCCGGCGCGCAGCCGCCGCUGCUGGCCGCCGCCGCAGCCGACGACGAGCGCGCACCGCAGCCGAUCCCGGCGCGGUGGCAGCCGCACGCCGCGCCCGCAGUCGCGGCCGCAGCGCGGUCAAGCCGGUUGUCGGUGGCGGCCAGCGCGCCGGCCCCUGGCCGCACAGCCUUCGCCGUAUCGCUGCUUGCGAGCUCCCCGGCCGGCAGGGACGGCUCCUCCGGCAGCCUCGUCCGGUCGUUGUCCGACACCGCGCCGUCGUCCACGCCGUGCAGCCCGGCGCCGCCGCCGCUGUGCUCCAAACGGUCGCACCAGCAGGAGCACCGCGCCGUGCACAGGUGGCUUGAGUCGUUGCCCGGCCGGGCAGCCGGUGCGGGCAGCCGGGUAGCUUCCCCGGCCAGCUGCCACCCGUUCCCGUUCCCAAUCAUCUCGCCUCUGCUUGACCGGCAGCGCAGGAGGAGCAUCGGCUGCGCGAGCGAGCCCUGCGUGGCUGUCGAGAUCAACGUGGGAACUGAGGACGGCGCCUGCCAUGUUGUGUGCGCUGGUUGCUCCCCACUCGGCCGCCAUGCGGCGCAGCCGGGGCUCCUGCGGCCGCGGUGGGGUCAUUUGCUUCGCACCAGGACCUGCCCCGAGCCGCUGCCAUCUGCAGAGUUGCCUGGCCAGGAUGGAUGCGUGAAGAAGCAGGUGUUGGGGUCAUGGGCUGAGCGCAAGUUUGUACAUCGGCCGCGUGGGGAUGUGUGGUUCUAG